GUAAGAGGUCGAGGUGACACUAUCCUGGACAGACAGCACUCCUUCCUGCUAGGCCAGUCCCAGCAAUCCCCAGCUGCCCUCCACGAUGGAGACCUACAUCAAUAGAAAUGUGUUUUUUUUUUUUUUUUCUUACGCACAUUGCCAGUACCCUUUUCUUCCCUCCUCCUGCUUCUCCCCUUCCCGGGCCCCCCGAGCCUGCUCGGACCUGGCUGCCACGGUGAGGAGGAUUUCGGUCUCUUUAUCCUGCUUCAUGGCUGCGCGGUUUUCCUGGAGUGACGUGGACGACGCUGCCUGGCCACGCGAGAGGACCCAGGUGCAGUCAUGAGUGAACCUUUAGUGAGAAGUCAACAGUAAUCACCGAGCUUCCUCUGAGUUAAGCUAAAAAGAAAGUGAAACAAACAAAUACCAGCAUUGUUGUUGUUGUUUACGGCCUUGACAAGUGAUGAAGUGUAUGAAUCAUAAUGAAGAUACUGCUUGCAUUUCACUCCCGUGGGGUUAAAACGAGCGGCGAGCAGUGAGUGACUCAGAAUCUGGUGGGAUUGGAUAUCAAUGGGAUAGACAGACAGAGGGACACGCUCAGGUCUCGUCAUGGUGAAGUGUACGUACACAAGUCCAGCCUCCCCCAGCAAACCUCAGCGCCGAUGACCUGCAGCUGAGUGUGUGGGGCGUCCCGGCCCUGCUUCCAGCACUGGGUGCCCUAACUUGUUACCAAUAGAGAGAGAGAGAGAGAGAGAGAGAGAGAGAGAGAGAGAGAGAGAGAGAGAGAGAGAGAGAGAGAGAGAGAGAGAGAGAGUCUACCAGUGGUGGAGAUAAUGCACAGAAAUGGCGCGCCUUGGAUGUGGGUAUGGGCGUGGGUGUGGGCGUGGCCAUGGACCUCUCACGCCACAGCCACGCCCCUUACUGGUUUCUUCCAACAACACCCGCACUUGCCGCCGCCACACCACGACCCGAAGGUUGGUGUGGCUUACCAGGAACACCACGCCACGCCCGCCACCCCUGCCAGCCUAGGCGCCCACGCCCCCCGCGGCCACGCCAGGAAUUCCCUCGUUCGUGAUCACUUUCUCACCAAGUGGAGAAAGAUUGCUGAGAACCACUCCCUCCACCCGAUGAACUUCACGGCUCUCAAGAUCAUAAGGGAGAAGAAGGUGAAGACUUUCCACAUGCAGGUGUCCGUCACCAAGGACUCGCUGCAGGUGUUCCGCGACCACGUGCAGGUGUAUCACAAAGACGGCUCUCCCACACCACUCAACUUCCUUCCCCACGCCGGAGUCCACGUCGUGGUGAUGCACCCACAGCGAGGAGAUGUGAUGCUCGCCCGCCAGUUCCUGACACACCAGCCCUCGGAGCACAAGAACCUCGCCUCCUGCCUCGCCUCCCUCUCUCCUGGCAGGAUAGUGGUGGUGGUGGCUGUACCCGAGGCAGUGGCGUUCCUCGGGCAGAACGCCAUCAGGGAGCUCGAGGUGAUCGGGGCAUCGAGAAUCAGAAACCUGGCGUAUAACGAGGCGUGGGCGUUGAUUUCCCACACGCCCUCCCGCCCACCCUCCGACACUGAACACCUCACUAAUACCACCGCCACCAACAAGAAAAACACUGAGACCAACAGGAACAAAAAAUCUCUCGACACAGUCCGUCCAAACAUUGCAAAGGCUCACACGUGGGGCGAGGCUGCGUCCAUCAUCAGAAGGCCAGGAAAGAAGGCCAGUCCACUCACUUUGCUGGCUCGUGUUCCCAAGACCCCAAGUGUGUGGUGCAGCUGGCACGAGGACCCAACCAUGGAGGAGCAGCGGAGGUUCUGUGACACUUACGAAGGUUACGCGAGGCUGUGCACCUGCACCGAUCCCGUCACCAGAGAGAUGAGAUACUCAGCGCCGCGCAUUGAGGUGAAGGAGGCGAUACCGGUGGCCAUGCUGACUGCCGUGAAACCUUUCACCUUCUACAGGGUGAGCACUGAGGCUGAGACGAGACUACAGUUGCUGAACCUGCUGGAGACCCCCGGAGCAGCACAGACGCCAAUCCUGGUGAUGGUGGAUGGCCCGCGUGAGGAAAUAGUGAGACUCGCAGAACUCUUUGGUGCACUCCGUUCGCUAUGUCACCACCCUUCGUGCCUCUGCCAUCAGCCCGCUCUCUGUCCCCCACUCCAGGCUGGAUGUGCUGGUUCAAUCGUCCCCAGGGCGCGGCGGGAUCUGCAACCCUCCUCAACAUGCACUUCAGGUUUUCCGUGCACAAAACUCUUCAACUUCUUCCCUGAGGCGGACAAGGCCAUCAUCUUGGAGGACGACCUGCUCCUCUCCCCAGACUUUAUCUCGUUCUUCCAGCAGACAGCAUGGCUACUGGACGCUGAUCCGACCAUUUUCUGCGUGAACGCCUUCUCGGUGAACAGCUACCCGACGGUGGCCAGCGACCCCCACGUGCUGCGGCGCCUCGAGAUGUUCCCGCAGUUCGGCUGGAUGAUCAACAGACGCUGGGCCAGGGAGCAGUUCGCUUAUUGGAUCCCUGAGGAGCAUGGCGGGGACUGGGACUGGUGGCUGUCAUCCCAGAACUCGCUGCAGGGACGUCAUGCGCUGGUGCCUGAGGUGGGGCGGACAUUCCACGCUGGGGCAGCUGGAGCACACGUGACGGGGUGGUUCCAGGAGCACCUCUUCGCGCCCAUGAUAUACAACCUGGACCCAGACGUUAAACUGCUGGGACUGGAAGAUCUGGUGCUGGACCGCUACAAGGCUAAGAUGGAGCGAGACAUUCUCAACGCCACGGACCUUGUGCUGGGGGACGACUUCUGCACCACCUCAGACUCUAUCCUGCCGAGAUACCAGCAUGGCAGCUUCCGCAUGUUUGUACUGUCUAUGAGCAAGAGUGACGAGUACAUGUCUUUCUACAUGAUGCAUCUGUGUCUGCACGCCUUCACGGAGGACACCCGGGAGAAGUUUGAGGGCGUGGUGCGAUUCAACCUGCAGGGCCGUGUGUUGUUCAUCAUCGGGUGCCCCGUGUCCCCCUUCUGUCGACUUUUUCCCAAGGGAGUGAAUAUAGUCAGUCCCAGCCCCGCCAUAUUGAAGCUGGCCGAGGAUCGGUCCUUCCGCUGGCAAACCAGAAACUACCCUGCCUUCUUCCCGAUAAGAGCGCUGAGGCCACGCAACCCAUUCCGUGAAUUCCUCAUGGAAAACCUUGCUUAUAACUAUUUCAACGGCACCGUUAGUACAACGAAACCUGAAAAGAUGUGAGGUUCGUCGCUUGAUUAUGUCUAUACUGAAGACAUUUCGGAAACUGCAAUAUCAAAAUUAUGUUUUCUUUAUUAU